AUGCAUAUUGUGGAGAGGGAUGAUGAUUUUUAUGCCCCGAGGGUUCCCAAUGGAUCGAUGUCCCGUGCAUUCCAUUGUUCUCUUUUGUUCUGCGUUGAUAGCUUCUCCAGGAAGAGUUUUUCUUACAACAAGCUUCCCGAGGAGCCUCUCAGGCUUACCGUACUCAAAUUGGAUGGAUCAAAUUUCGAGAUUCAGGUGGCAAAAAAGGGGAGGGUGAGGGAGCUGAAGCUGGCGGUGGAGGCAGCAUUUGGUCAUUUGCCAAUGACGGGGCCUGGUAGAGUUUCAUGGCCACAUGUAUGGGGUCAGUUCUGUCUUUCCUACAAUAGCCACAAGCUACUUAAUGACAGCAGUUAUUUAGAAAUCUACAAGAUCAAAGAUGGUGAUCAGCUUCGCUUUAUUCGCCAUGACUCUAUCAACUACAAUUUGGCAAAGAUGCAAUCAGAGAAAGAGGACUCGGAUUUAGAUGAUGAACCCGACGAGGACAGACAAGAGAAUGGCCAGAGUUAUUACAUAGAGAUCCUAGAGAACAAGCAGGAUGACAACGGAUUAAAGCUAGCUAACUGCAGAACGAUGAUCAGGUUAAAUGAGUAUAGGGAGAGUCGAGAUAACCAUAUGAUCGAGAUGUCGUCAUUCUGA